AUCUAACCUUCGCAGGUGAAGAAAAAGUCUGCAGGCGACCCUUCACCUAGUUCGGCUUCUUUCUCCGGUUCUGCUGAUUUGAAGCUCUGCUGUUUUUGGAGAUCUUUUGCUCCAACAUGUCUUUUUUCAGCCACCAAAUCAGGAGAAGCUUCUCUUCCUCUGCUGUCAGGAGAGUUGUGAUUAAAAACGUGACGAUCAUCGGGGGAGGACAGAUGGGGGCAGGAAUAGCACAAGUCGCUGCGUCUACCGGCCACUCUGUGACGCUGGUGGACACGUCUGAGGACAUCCUGAAGAAAUCAGUAAAAGGAAUCGAGGGAAGCCUGAAGAGAGUGGUGAAGAAGAAGUUUGCUGAUAAGCCAGAGGCAGGUGAAGAGUUCAUCCAGAAGGUUCUGCAGAACGUCUCGACCUCCACAGACCCUGCAGCUGCUGUUCCCACGUCAGAUCUGGUGCUGGAAGCCAUCGUGGAGAACCUGAACGUCAAACAGGAUCUUUUUGGACGCCUUGACAAGCUGGCUCCAAAACACUCCAUCUUCGCCAGCAACACGUCCUCUCUGCCCAUCACUGACAUCGCCAGCUCCACCAGCAGGCAGGACCGCUUCGGAGGCCUACACUUCUUCAACCCCGUCCCCAUGAUGAAGCUGGUAGAGGUCAUUGCGACGUCGGCGACCAGCCAGGAGACGUUCGACUCCCUCCUGAACUUCAGCAAAGCACUGGGAAAAACACCGGUGUCCUGCAAGGACACUCCUGGAUUCAUCGUGAACCGCCUGUUAGUUCCCUACAUGAUGGAGGCCCUCCGGCUGCAUGAGAGAGGCCAUGGAUCCAAAGAGGACAUCGACAUCGCCAUGAAACUCGGAGCCGGUUAUCCCAUGGGACCGUUUGAGCUCAGCGACUAUGUGGGACUGGAUACCAUGAAGUUCAUCAUAGAUGGCUGGAGUGAGAAAGAUCCGGACAACCCGAUCUUCGCUCAGAGCGAACUCCUGAACAAGCUGGUCGCAGAAGGAAAACUCGGCAAAAAGACGGGAGAGGGGUUCUACAAGUACAAGUGAUCAGUCCGAACCGGAGAAAAGGAGAGCUAAGGGAGGCGGAUAUAAAGGUUGUUUCCAUCCAGACCGUCGCUGAAUGUCAAACUUGAAUAAACACAGUUUGAAUUCAA